CUAGCCAAAGUUAUGGAGCCAGAAGAGAGUCUGUAGAGGGUGGCUCUGUAUCUAAAGCAACUCCACUAUGAAUUUUAGGAUUUAUUCUGCAGUUUAUUGCUUCCUAUGCUCCGGAAUCCUAAAGCACCAUAAUGGAGUUGCAACAGCAGGUUCAACCUUUAGUCAAAGCAGGCAGCUUUCUUGCAUGUUUGAGACAACUGAAACAAUCCCAUUGUUAAGUGAAUUCAAGUACAUCAGACAGAAUGCCUGGCUCCUGCUAAGUGGAACUGAGAGACCUCACCAAGAAAAUCCUCCUGCUGCUGAUACCCUCACGUUUAUUGUACAAGAGUCCUCACUGGAUAUUCUCCAACAUAUGGAUGAGGAUACUGACCAGCUUGAAUGUAAGAUUAGCAGAUAUUUUACAGAUAACACCCAGAUCCUCUGGCCUGGGUUACAAACUCAGCUUCAUAAGCUAGAUUCGUGGUUCACUGGCACCAUAAAGCAUCUGGCUGACAAAUUCACCGUUACAGUCUUUUUGGUACAAUCAAGUGCCAGCAAAGAGGCAGAGAACCAAGUCCCCAAAGAUGUUUCUCAAGGCAACGCAGAGAGAUUUUAUCUUUCAGGUGUAUUCUUGGUACGCACAGGACCGUCUCUAAUCCAGUCUGGCUUGAAUAAGGAUGUCCUCCUUAGCUGUGCUUUCUCAGUUGAUCACCACACAGAUGUCACCAUCAAAUGGGUAUUACAGCAGAAAGGAGGACACAAGAAGCUGAUAUUUGCCUACAAUGGAUUUACCAGGCAGGUGGAAUACAAGGAUAAACGGGCUGAGAUGUUCCUAGCAGAGAUGCCGAAGGGGAAUGCUUCUCUCUUACUAAGAACAGUGGGAGUAAGAGAUGCAGGAACCUAUUCUUGCUCAAUAUUGGUGUCGUCGCUUCUUUGGGCACAGAAUGUCCAGCUGGAAAUAGUAGAAAAGCCCACGGUGACCCUCAAUGCUGACGUCCUGUCCCUGGUGGAAGGAGACGAACACAAGCUGGUCUGUGACAUCAGUCACUUUUACCCUCAUGAUGCCGAUGCUCAGUGGCUUCAGGAACCAAUGGAGCAGGGGAUGCUCCCACAUGUGGUGACUCACGUUGUCUCUAGUAGUCACCGGCACAACAGCGAUGGGACUUACAGCUUCUCCAGUUACUUCCUGCUUAAGGCCUCCCUCAGGGACAACGGACGUAGGUACACCUGCCGGGUGGAACACCAGAGCCUGAAACACCCAAUCAAGAAGAGCCUGACAGUGAAAGUGACAGAAUCUACCUCAGCAACUUGGUUCCUUGUCAUCCUAUUGGUCCUUCUCGCUGGGUGUCUUGUUGUGACGUUGUAUUAUCUUUACCGAGGGAUGAGCACCAAUAAGCCAAAACCUUACUAGAGCACAAGACCUUUCAGUCCAGUCAGGACGUUCUGCUCCCCAGCUGAGAAAUGAAUCACAGCACAGAGUGUGGAAAGAGAGAACAUGUGCCUCUGACUUCAUCCUGCGCUGGAUUUGCGCUAGUAACUCUAGAUGGUGUUUCUCCGAACGCUGGUCUGAUUCUGUGUUGCCUUGUACGCUU